AUGGAUGGUCUGAGAGGAAGCCAGGAUGAUCAGGCAGAGCGAGGGCAGCUACCCUGUCAAGAUCGUAGGAAGAUGGCAGAACCCGAUCCUUCGGAGAGAUCGGAAUCCUGGAGCCAGAUGCCCAGGAAAGACCCGCUCUUGAUUAAGCUCAAGAUAUCCAAGACGGAGCAAGAGGGCGAGCCGAGCGAGCGGGAGGAGCCUCCUCCUGCGGCCGUCCGAGUUUGUGAAUUCUGCGGCAAGGGGUUCCAGAACGGGAAGGCACUUGGGGGCCACAUCAGGAUCCACAAUCAAGAGAAGAACAGGGCGAGCAGCUCGAAGAAGACAGACGAGUGGAGGCAGAGGAAGCAGAAGGCAAAGUUUGAGAAGCAUGUGCACGAGGAUCUUCCAGCUCUGGAUAAAGGAAGAGGCUUUGAUUUUGCAGGGAAGGACGAGGAGACACCAAGUUGCUACAUCUGUGACCGGAACUUCCCUUCGAUGAAAGCCCUGUUCGGGCACAUGAGGUUCCAUCCUGAGAGGAACUGGAGAGGGGUUCAGCCUCCGGCCCAAGAAAAGGACGGUUCUUGCACAAGAGAAGUCGAAUCCAUGAAUCAGAGGGCCGCCACAGAUCAGGACGCUGCCUGUUUGGAAGCAGGAAGUUCAGGAUGCUUUGUGGAUCUUUUGAAGGGCUUGCCCAGCUGGUCCAGGACAGAGAAAAGAGGAAGGAAAAGCUUGAUGGCCCUGGAACCCGAGGCUCUUCAUGGCCUCAUGAAGUUGGCAUGUGCUGCUUCUUAUGAUUCGGGCAUAUCUGAUGACCAAGUCAAUGAUGAGAGUCCACUGAAGAAGUGUAGGCUUGAUGAGGAAGAGCUUCCAGGGCUUAGAAACCAAAACCUAGAGCCAACAGAAAGUCAAAUCCAACAAUCAACUAAUAUCAAAGGCGAGGGCUUGUUCAAAGCAGUUUUCAAUCAGGACUAUGAACCGGAAUAUGCAGACAGGUCUAGGAAAUACAGAAAAGGAGAGCGUGUCGGUCAUAAUUUGGAGAGCAACCCGAACAUAGAGGCUGACAAGAAGAUUGAGGUAAGUGGGACAUGUAAAACUCGAGAUGCCAGCACUAACAAGGAAGUUGCGGCAGUGACGGUAAAGGAAUUGACACAUCGCAGGUUUAAAUGCAUGACCUGCAAUAAGACCUUCCCAACAUUCCAAGCGUUGGGUGGGCAUCGAUCCAGCCACAACAAAGAAAGGGGGAUUGUUCAGCCACCAGAAGCCUCUUUAUCCACCGGUGCUUCGGGUACCGAGAAGAAAAUCAUGCUGAGUCCCAAAAUACUUGUUGCAGAAACCACCAAUUGCGCAACGAGCUUUGCGCAGGAGGACUCCAUGACUCACAGGUGCGAGAUCUGCUGCAAGAAGUUCCCAACCGGUCAGGCACUUGGUGGACACAAGAGGUGCCACUGGGUUGGGCAAAAUGAGGGCCCGCCGUCUAGCGAAGUCGUGUCGCCAGGAGAUCAAGCUAGCCAGAGCGGUCCUAGAGCACUAGCUUUCGAUCUUAACGAACCUCCUCCAACGGAUGAGGAAGAUGGCGUUAUAUCUGGAUUCAACAGAGCCUAAUCUACGGAGCUGUUUCCCUAAUAAGUAAUU